UCUAUGGUCAGUCCAACAAUUGGUUCCUGUCCCAAUAAUGGUGCCAGGCAUGAUUUUCUUGUUGAGUGGGUCUUAAAUCCAGUCAGAAAGUGGCUGAUUUACCCUGUGAUGUUCAUUCUACUAUUACACCAGUGGACAAGUCUUCCCAGGUCAGCUGUUAUUGCAGCUCAUAAGGAGAAACAUCUGGGAAGACUAAUGAUUGUUUUUCUUCUUCAGUAGCGUGACUUCCAGCACUGUGAAAAGUAGCCAGUAGGGAUAUGGCUGCCAGGUUAGCACCAGCUUGAUGUCUCCAUCGUCUAUGUCUCAAGUAUGUGAUGUCCUCAGCAGUAGGGCCUUCCUGUCAAGUUCUGGACAACAUUGCUUUUCAGGUUUUGUGUCUUGUUUUAAUGAAUGAAAUGCAUUCUCUCAUUCUCUUCUUUCUUCUUUCCCAUUGAUUUCAUCAAAACCUCUUCCAUCUCUGCAUCUGAAUGAUCUUGAUUCACUGUUGUUAAAUGAAUGGGAAGAGCUUCAUCCUUUUGCCUGUUCUGAAUGUGUUUUCUAAUCCAACAUUAUCAGUCUUAGGAUUAAUAACACAGUAAUAGAACAUUAAUUCCUUCAACAUGUUUAUUGAACACAUAUUUCGUUCCAGGUAUUAUGCCAAACAUGGGGAUUAUGAAGUAAAAAUAGAGACACAUGGUCUCUAAUGCUCGUGUAAAUUCUAGUCUAGUAGAAAAAUAGGAACUGUCAGAAAGAAUGAGGUUAUAGUCAGGGGUGAAAGUCAGUCCUUCUCAUAGAACAUGGCUUCUUGUUCAGACUCAAUCUGUGAUUGCUGAUUUAAAGACUUGGAGAAAUCUAGCUUUAACUUACUGUCUUAAGUGAAAAGAAAAGGAGGUAAGAUGAAGCCUGUUAUUACAUUCUGCCUUCUCCUUCCAUCAUCACAGGGAUACAAAACAGAGUUUCCCACAUUUCCCAGCAUUAUGACACCUGACUGCCACCCUAGACGACAUUCUCAUGAGGACCAGGGAUCCCGAAGCCAUCUUCCGAUGCGUUAUCACAGAAAAUGCUCAGUGGAUGGGUCAUUCAAGGAGCCAGUGGGAUCACAAAGAGGAGCUCAUUCCAAAAUACAGGAAUUUUCAGAAUCCUUUGAACAGCACCUGUGCCUUCAAACCAAGCACCCUCCUUCUUCGGGACCCAAGGUCAGGAAGGAGAGAAAUGAGAGACAUUGCCUAGGGAUGGACGUGAGAUCCCAUAAGAAAAUGGAGGACAGAAGGAACUCAACAAAGGAAGGACAUGGAGAUGCGCCCAUGGCUCCCCUGAUUGAAAAGGGGCCUGAAUAAUGCUUUGUUUCCACAUCUCAGUGACAGAUGUCACCGGUUGUUCUGAGACCCAGUUCUUCCUCCAGAACAGCAGCUGGAAAGGGUGUCUGCAGAUGUUGAGACUGAAGUGGGCAGUUGGAACGGCUGCUUCUCAAGAUGACUUGUGUGACACUCCAGAUGACUCUGGUAUUUCAUUUGAUUGUGCAAUCUGCUUUUUAUGUCUUUCUAUGGUAAGGAAAAAUAAAGGUAUUUGAAAAGAUUAAAAGAA